GAGCGAGAUUUGCAAUGAAAUUCCGUAUGGACAAUGCAGACGAAUUUAUAACACGCUGAUUUUAUCUGCGCGACGCGUUGAGUCAUCCACCUGUAUCUUUUUUGUAGAUUUUGUGUCGGUCGUAUGGGCUUAAAAACAGGUUAAAUUAAACGUAAACAUCAUGACGGAGGAAUACUCUGUGAUUACACAGGCAUUAGUCCACGUUACAGUGACUAGUUCUGUGAACAGUUUCGGCAGCGAAAGGAGGUUCCCGAAAGAUCUUACCAUUGCUAAUUUGAAGGGAAAAUUGGAACUGCUAACUGGGUCAUCAACAGGCUCAAUGAAACUUGAGUUGUACACUAAAGACAACAAACUGAUCUGUGAACUGGACAAUGAUAAUGCUAUGUUUGGAUCAUAUCCUGUAGAGGAUGGCAUGAGAUUACAUGUGGUUGAUUCAUCACUGCGCACUGGGGAAUUUGAAGAUGUGUCAAAAGUAGAAAAGUUUGAACUGACUGCAGAGGAGUAUGACCAAAGAACAGAUUCUGUGAAAGCAUUUAAAGAGCGAAAUAAACUAGGACGGUUCAGAGAAGUUGAUCCUGAAGAACAAAAGAGGUUGGAUGAAGAAAAGGCACAGAAAGAGGAAAAGGAAAAGAAGUUAGCUGAGAGUAUCAGAGUUGGAGACAGGUGUGAGGUGGCUGUUCCAGGCCAGAUGUCAAGAAGAGGAACUGUUAAAUAUGUUGGACUGACUGAUUUUCAGCCAGGUUACUGGGUGGGUGUACAGUAUGAUGAGCCGACAGGAAAGAAUGAUGGAAGUGUCAAGGGAAAACGGUACUUUGAGUGUCCACCAAAGUAUGGAGGUUUUGUGAAACCAGGGACAGUUACAGUGGGCGAUUUCCCUGAAGAGGACUUAAUGUUAAGUGAUGAUGAAAUGUGAAAGCAAACUUACUAAUGCUUUAUCUUCUCGAAAUUCACGUUGCUCAGCUGGGACAGUUUCAGUCAUCGUAUGCCUUUAUUGUUAAGCAUAAGUGCUCACCUCACAUAUAUCAUUUCAUUUAUGUUAAUGUGUAUAUGCGCUGUCAGUGAGUAUCUUAGCUCUUAAUCUGCUCUGUGUGAUAUGUGGCAAACAGAGAAGGAAAUGUUCGUGAUAGACUCAUUGUGCACAGUUUUGAAGUUUGUAAAUCUGGAAAGACCAUGAAGCUCUUUGUGUCCAUUCUCCUAAUGGUGUGGGGCCUCCGUGGCUCAGUUGGUUAGCGCGCUAGCACAGCGUAAUGACCCAGGAGUCUCUCACCAAUGCGGUCGCUGUGAGUUCAAGUCCAGCUUAUGCUGGCUUUCUCUCCGGCUGUAUGUGGGAAGGUCUGUCAGCUACCUGCGGAUGGUCGUGGGUUUCCCCCGGGUUCUGCCUGGUUUCCACCCACCAUAAUGCUGGCCGCCGUCGUAUAAGUGAAAUAUUCUUGAGUACGGCGUAAAACACCAAUCAAAAAAAAAAAAA